AGGGGGCGGCGGGCGGCGGGCGGCGGGCGGCGCUGGCGAGAGGCGAGCUGGCUGGUUGGCUGCAGCGCGGGGCUUUGAGGCUUCUGAGCCGCGCUCUCUGCGGGUGCCGACGGGCAUGGGGGCACGGAGCCUCAGCGUCCUCCUCUUCCUGCUGCUGCUGCUCGCCACCGCUGCCACCCCCGCCUCCCGGGAUGGGGAGCCGCGGAGCUGCGAGGCUGUCCGGAAAGUUUUCCAGCUGCGUCAGCUCGGCUCCCUCAGGGGCGUCCCGGAGUUCCCGCGGGAAGGUGUUGAUCUGCAGGUUUGUACUUCCAAAAAUCCAACAUGCUGUACCAAAAAGAUGGAGGAAAGAUAUCAGACUGCAGCAAAGCAAGACAUCCAGCAAGUGCUUCAAACAUCUAGUGCUACGUUAAAAUUUUUAAUAUCUCGUAAUGCAGCUGCUUUUCAAGAAACCUUUGAAAUGCUCAUCAAACUGGCUGAGAAUUACACAAGCACACUUUUCUGCAAUGCUUAUAGAAACAUGGCUGCUGAGGCUGCUACACGUGUUCAGGAGUUUUUCACAGACGUUGCACUCUUUGUAUUUGGCACAGACAUCAGCACGGAGAAAUUUGUCAACAGAUUUUUUGACACUCUGUUCCCAGUGGUCUACAAUCACAUGAUUAACCCAGGUCUGACUGAUGUUACACUGGAAUACGCGGAGUGCCUCCAAAUGGCAAGAAGAGAUAUCAGGCCCUUUGGUAACAUUCCCAAGAAAGUCAUAGGACAAAUGGAAAGAUCACUGUUACCCAGCCGGAAUUUCCUUCAGGCUCUGAAUUUGGGGACUGAAGUGAUCAAUACAACAGACCACCUGCAUUUCUCUAAAGACUGUAGCAGAGCGUUACUGAGAAUGCAAUACUGUCCUCACUGCCAAGGGCUGAUUUUAAGUAAGCCCUGUAUGGGCUACUGCCUCAACGUCAUACGAGGCUGCUUAGCCUACAUGGCAGAAGUUGACCUUCAUUGGCAGGGAUACAUUCAGUCCUUGGAAGAGCUCUCGAGUGCCAUGCAUGGAACAUAUGACAUUGAGCAUGUGCUUCUCAACUUUCCUUCCCUUGUUAAUGAUGCUCUAACGCAAGCUCAUGUAAAUGGACCACAAUUAACUGAGCAGGUAAACAAGAUAUGUGGCCCUCCUGUAAGGAAGCCCACACAGCCUCCACAUUGCUCUUUUGAUCAGAACAAAUAUAACCAAGGGCUGAAGAUGUUCUCGAGAGACAGUGAAGAAACCCUUGCCAGCAGAAGAAAAGAAUUUAUCAGGCACCUUCGCCUCUACAGAGCCUUUUAUGGUGGCCUGGCUGAUCAGCUGUGUAGUAAUGAGUUGGCAGCUGCUGAUGGACUCCCAUGUUGGAAUGGAGAAGAUGUUGUAAAAAGCUAUACUCAUCGUGUGGUUGGCAGUGGAAUCAAAGCUCAAACUGGGAAUCCAGAAGUAAAAGUGAAAGGAACGGAUCCUGUAAUAAAUCAAAUUAUUGACAAGCUGAAACACAUUAUUCAGCUGUUGCGGGGCAAAUCAUUUCCUAAAUAUGAUAACUGGGAUCUACGACAAACAGGCAGUGGUGGAAGUGUGGAUGAACAAAUCAGUGGAGAUUGUGAUGAUGAAGAUGGUUGCGGAGGAUCGGGAAGUGGAGAAGUAAAAAGAGUCCUGAAAAUUACAGACUUUUUGUUUGUGCAAACAUCAAGGACUGUUGGAGGUCUGUGCAUAGGAGUCCACAGAGAGAUGCAAAAACAAAUCAAAAUACGCUGCUUGUUUAUGCCCAGAUUGACUAACAUGCACUAUACACUAUGGAAGUAAGACUAGUUCAUAUUAUAUUUUAAAUCUAGUUAUGAUCAAGUUAUUUCUGAAAUCAGUAAGCACCAUUUCAGUGACUUCAUAGAGGCUUGAAUUUUCCUGAGAAAACACAUAAUUAAUUUAGCAGUUGAAAAAUUCUAAUUGUAUUUCAGUGAAUUGGUAUUUGUUAUUAUGUGUAACAUGUUGUUUGAAAUGCAUUCUAUAAUAAUGUAUUAGGGAUAUGAAAAAAAGAAUUUUUAUAGCUCUUGCAAUCCCUGCAUUCAAAACAGUUUUGUUGUUCUAUCAAGUUCUUCCAUGAAUUAAGAAUAAGGUAAUUUCUAUUGUUUUUUCUUUGUAUAAAAUAGAAAUGAGCAAGAAAGUUCACACAAAAAUAUGCUCCUUCCAAGCAAUUGUGUUUAAAAGAAUCCUUUUUUCUAAGUGAUGAUGCUUAGUUCUCAAAAGGCUUUGAUUUUUUUGCUUUAGAUAUGUAUCCAGAAGUAUUUAUGAAAAACAGACCUUCUGAAGACUCGGACUUAUCUGUUCCAUCUUAGGUGUGAUUUUAUUAUCUCAAAGAAAUCUUUCUUUAAUUCACAAUUUUCAUUUUUAGCUUUAAGGACUGUCAUAAGGAGACUGAUUUUUAACUUCUUAUUCAUGAUUGGAGAGGCUGAUUGGAGACAAAAUUUGCAAAGUUCUGAAUAUCACUGUGUAAGUUUUGCCUGAUCUCUACCAACAAAUGAAAAUCCACAAAGUAAUAAAAAAAGCAACCAAAAACAACAGGCCAGUGUCCCACAAUUUGCAUUAGAUUUCUCAUAGUUUCUGUGGUAGCGUUUGUGUUUCUUAUACUUUUCUAUAGUAUUUCUACUCUACUGGCAUAAAGACUCAACGUUUCAAAAAAAGAAAAAGAUUUUUUGUUUGGUAGAAAUUGACUCUUUUUAUUACUUUGAUUGAAAGAAAAUGAAUAGCUAGCCUCUGUGAAGUUUGAAAGGAUCAUAAUAUUCUAGGUACAUACCCCUCAUCUGCAGAGUUAGCUACUUUAAUGUUACAAUAAAAGCUGUAUAAUAUUACCAUUCAAAAUCUAAAUAUGGAUGUUGGGUGAUUGCUAUUCACUACUGCUCAUUUCUCUGUUUUCCUUAGAAUUUAAUCUUACUUUAAUAAUUACAGAUAUAGGAAUAGUGUUAUUUUUACUAUGUUAGUCAUUUAUAAUGUAAACAUCUAAGCCUGAACUAAUAAAUACAGGCUCAUUUUAUUGUCACUGGAAAGGAAUAAACGUGUCACUGGAAGUAGUAAACGUGAGGCUAUGCAAUUAAUUACAUUUUAAAUGCCUCUGUUAGGUUGAGAAUUGUGACAUAUAACCCUUAUUUCUCUCAAUAGAUUGUGCAAGGAGUUAAGCUUCAGUAGCUCAAGUACAAGAAUCAAAAGUCAUUUAGGCAAGUCCUUCCGUAAGUCAGGUAGUUUUGCCUUUGCUUUGGUUUUGAUUUCAUUUUCCGUACUUUAUGUAAAGGUCAAAUAUUUUUCAGAGUACACUCUAGUCUUAACAUAAUUAUCAUUAAUGCAACAUAAAACAAAGGAGCUACUUGUAAGCACAGAACAUCAUAGCUGUAAAAUAGCAUUCAUACUGUCUGAUAAGACUCAUUUGCUAUCCAUCAUGUGUGAAGCUGAUAAUGGU